CGGGAAGGAGUUUGUGGCGCCAGUGUAGAGUAGAAACAACGCCACCACGCCGGAGCGGCGGACAGUCCGGUGGUCGCCGAGCCCCCUGACCGGAGUGUCUUGGUCUUCCUUCUCGGGAAAACCGCGACCAGGAUGUGGAAUAGCGGCUUCGACAGCUUCGGCGGCUCCAGCUAUGGCGCAGCGGGCGGCUACACGCAGUCCCCCGGCGGCUUCGGCUCGCCCACGGCGUCGCAGGCCGAGAAGAAGUCGAGAGCCCGGGUCCAGCACAUUGUGCCCUGUACCAUAUCUCAGCUGCUUUCUGCUACCCUGACUGAUGAAGUGUUCAAGAUUGGGAAUGUGGAGAUUUCGCAGGUCACGAUUGUGGGAAUAAUCAGAAACGCAGAGAAGGCUCCCACCAAUAUAGUUUACAAAGUAGAUGACAUGACUGCCGCGCCCAUGGAUGUCCGCCAGUGGGUGGACACAGAUGAUGCCAGUGGUGAAAACACUGUGGUUCCUCCAGAAACAUACGUGAAGGUGGCUGGCCACCUCAGGUCUUUCCAGAACAAAAAGAGCCUGGUAGCCUUUAAGAUCAUACCCCUGGAAGACAUGAAUGAGUUCACUGCACAUAUUCUGGAGGUGGUCAAUGCACAUAUGGUGCUCAGCAAAUCUAACAACCAGGUCUCAGCUGGAAGACCAUCUAUCAGCAACUCAGGAAUGGGUGAGCCAGGAAACUUCAGUGGGAAUAACUUCAUGCCAGCAAAUGGCCUCACUGUGGUCCAAAACCAGGUACUGAAUUUGAUCAAGGCUUGCCCAAGACCAGAAGGAUUGAAUUUUCAGGAUCUCAGAAAUCAGCUCCAGCACAUGCCUGUAGCCUCAAUCAAGUAAGUAUUG